UUUUGGAUUCUUAGGCUUUUCCUUCAUAUAAAUUAAGUAUGUUAUUUUUUUUUUGUACUACUUUUAAUCAAAGCACAAAAUUAGGAUAAAGGUACAUUUGUACAUGUACUGCUAUUUAAGUACAUGUAAGACUGUUUAAUAAGCUCACAUCAUGACUAUCUGCAGUAUACUGCUUGCAGCUUCUGCAUGAUGCACGACACCAAAAGUACUGUAUCUCCAAAAUAAGUGUAUCAUCCUAAAUCUUUGACCUUCAGAAGUUGGGUAUAUUUGGUCUUCAGACAAGAACAGAUCCUAAGAGAUUCAUGGCUGAUGAUUUCCAGCUUUUCAUUUCAUUGUACUGAGUGAUUUACUCCUGUUUUUGUGAGGUGUUACUUCCUUUGGAUGCAGAUUAAAAUCAUUCUCCCUAGUUCUUGAUGUUUUAAUGAAGAUUUAUAUAAAGUCAAUCUGACAUAUUUAGUCCUGAUGAUGUUCAUGGAUGGGGUGGGGUGGGCUGAAUCCUGGAAUGAGUGAAUGUCUUCGUAUAUGUCACCUGGAAAUAGACUGUGAGCGAGUGGUCUCUGUGCACCCUUAACUGUCAAUCAGACUCCAUCUGCCCAAUCAUCGAUCUCCGUGGCGCACAGGUAAACCCCAGCAUAAUCAACCUAAGUUUGAAGAGCCAGCAUCAUUUCUGCUUCUCACAGACAGUUGAAUAGAAAGGUGAAGGGAGAACUUUGUAAAGGACAGUGAGAUCAUUUUUUGGAAGAAUCCCACAGUGUGAAUUAUCAGAUCAUCGUGUGAUUUACUGAUGUAGAUAUUAUAAAAGUGAAACAAAGGCAAAUUCUUUUCUUUGGAUUACUUGAUUAUGAUACAAGUCACAGUGAAAUGUCAUGUAGAAUUCACCACAUCGCCUGGAUAACGCUUGUCAUACUGUCCUGUCUUCAAGAUGUUCUGGGUGUAGCAUGGGUACAGAGACCCGCUGAUACAACCUCCGUAAAAGGAGGGAGUGCUGUCUUCACCUGUAUAUACACCGGAGCAUCUCUGGCAACAUGGUCCGGUCCUACGGGUACAUUGUUCGUAAACAACAUGUCCAUGACAGGGGAUGAUCGGUUUUCUAUCAGUGGACUUUUCAAUCUCAAUAUACACAAUGUUAAAGAGCAGGACCAGGGGGAGUACACCUGUACCGUGCAGAGUCUGCCACCAGGAAAAGGAUAUCUCAAUGUCUACAUUCCUCCCCAUAAUAUAUCUGUUAUUACAAAUGACACUAGAUCAUCACAAAUUGAGGGGGACUUCAUUUCUCUGACGUGUUCCUCCAUCGGAAAUCCCCCUCCAGAAAUCACAUGGUACCAGGAAGAUACACAAUUAACAAAUAGUGCCACCACUCAGAUCAUCCAGAAACCCACCAUAGGACACGGAAACAUCGAGACUCUUGUCACUAGUCAGCUGAUCAUCAAACUACAAUACACUGACCACAAUAAAAACUUCUACUGUUCUGCAAAAAAUGAAGUUAACCUUAACAACCCCAGUAAAGUUCCUUUCCUCGUACAAGUGCAAUAUAAACCCAGAAUUACUCUGGAGCCCUCUCCUCUGAACAUUCUCCUGGGCUCUUCCAGUCAGUUACGCUGUAUCGUCAGUGCAAACCCACAGGUCACCCAAGUCAGAUGGCAAAAAGACACCCAAGUGAUGCUGAAUACCAAUGUAGUGCUACCAUUCACUAAUGUGGCGAGAACGGCCUCAGGACAAUACACAUGUUCCGCCUCCAAUACAAUUAAUGGACAGGUCCAGUCAGACAGCCAAAGUACCUCAGUCAAAGUCAUAUAUGAGCCUGUUAUUACUGUGCCAGCCACUGCAGUUGUCAAUGAGACAGGAGAAUUGAACCUUCACUGUGCUGUGGAUGCCAACCCUGCACCUCUAUCUGUCAAGUGGAAAAAGCUGGAUAAUACUCGAGAAUCCACUUCUGCCAAUUUCACUGCCUCUCCUGUCACCAGAGCGUACUCAGGCAACUACACUUGUAUCGUGAUGUAUCGACUGGAGCCGUCGGGAGAGCCUGUCAUACAAAGUCAGAAACUGGCCUACACCUAUGUUCAUGUCCAGUUUCCCCCAGGAAAUUCUUCAAUCAAAGCUGUCUCUAAUCCUUUGAACAUUGGAGAACGCCUUUCUCUGUCGUGUACCAUAUCUAAUCCAGGAUAUCCUGUUCCAAAGUAUGAAUGGAGAAAGAUUGAUACCAAUGAAGUCUUGUUAAACCAAGGAGCCACAUUUACAGUUCAGUCUGCCAGACUGAGUGACAGUGGGCAUUAUGCUUGCACUCCCUUUAAUGUCAUGGGUAGAGGUGGCACAGCUACUAUCAUAGUGGAAGUACUAGAAUCUCCCCGAUUCAUCGAGUAUCCACCAACCAGUGCCACCAUCGCCUCUAGCCAAUCCACAUAUUCCGUCCGUUGUAAGGUGAGAGGCCUGCCUAAACCAAAUAUAGAAUGGCUGAAAAAUGGCCAGGUCAUCCGAAGUGGGCCACUGUAUAACAUUACCGAGGAGGUCACGUCUGUUGAAACUUACAGUAAACUGGUCACUUCCAGAUUACAAUUUGCAGGUUCUGGGCGUCAAGGCUUGAUGAUAGAUGAUAUUGGAAAUUUCACCUGCCGUGAGGUGUCACGUGGAGAACAACACAAUCUGGAGCUUUACAUAAUGUUUAAACCCUCAAUAGAUGCUGAUGAAAAGGUAGCCACAACAGUUAACCAGUCUACCACCAUCACCUGUAAAGGUCAAGGUUACCCCCUCCCUACAUUUGAGUGGUUCAGAGACAAUACAAUCAUUCAGACAGAAUCCCGGUUUACAGUGAACCCCACCAUUCAUCUGAGUGCCACUGAGGCCAGCAGUUCUCUGUCCAUUAGUAAUGUGGUAGCUGGUGACUUUGGGGCAUAUGUGUGCAUUGCUCAGAAUUCUAAUGGCCAAGGUCACAAAACUGUGCAUCUGACUGUUAAAAAUCGGCCGGAAGCUCCUUAUAAUUUGUCUGUGAUAUCGUACACCUGGGAGUCAGUCUUCCUGGGCUGGACACCGGGGUUUGAUGGAGGGGAGUCCCAGGUCUUCAUUGUCCACUAUACCAGUAGUGUUCCUCCAACAUACACCGGAGAAAUAACUGUCUCACCGGCAGAAGCCACUCAAUACAACAUCACUGAUUUGAUGCCAGGUGUUGUGUAUCAGUUUCUAGUGUAUGGCAAGAAUUCCCUUGGAAAGGGAAGCAACUCCCAAAAAAUAACUGUAAAGACCAAAGACUUUGGAUUUCCAUUAGUAAAUAAUAUACCUGAUUAUUCAGCCGAAAACAAAAAAUUAGUUAUUCCAUUUACGCUGAAUUCCACAUACUGUCUCAAAGUGAAAAUAAGUGUAAAUGGUGGGACCACAUGGCAGACCAUUCCAAUGGGAGGAAAAGAGUGUUUCCCCACCAGUGAGAACACUCAAGAACUCAGUCUCCAGAGUGAUAGCAUCAAUCGCCUCAAUGUCUCCAUCUGCUUGUCUGUAAGAAAUGAUGUUUGUGGAAUCCAUUUGGCCGCAAUGAUUAGUGACUAUCCACAAUAUGGUUUCCAAAGACAAGCUCAGAAAACUGAUCUAACAGAGACAGAGGUCAUCAUCAUUGGAGUCAUCUGUGCCAUCAUCUUACUUGGUCUUAUAAUUGUUCUCAUUGUCAUCAUCUGCCGACGUAGAACAAAUGCAAAACAGUUCGGCAAUCCAACCAGCUCAGUAAGUCGGCCGGUGCCAAGUCUUCAGACCAAUGGAAAUUCAGGUGGCCCGCCCAAACCCCAACGCGGGCAGGACAAUCAAGGUAUAGAUUUCCUCUAUCUCGAUGGCUUGGGUGUAGCUGGUAGUCGUGGUGUUAGUCACUAUAGUAACCAUGCAUAUUGUUCACUCGGAAAUGGUUUUGAUCCACCACCACAAUACCAAAGUGUCAUUAAUAAUGGGAGCAUCCCCCUUGAUACCUCAUAUGAUUCUCAAUUAGCAAAAUACGAAAAUGAAAUGAACAUGCGAAAUAUGCAUAAUUUAAAGAAUGAGGCGUUCUAUAGGGGUCAAAAUGGUUCUCCAUCAACUCUAAGAAAAGAUCCUCCUAACUUUCUGGAAGCACAGGACGAAAGGAAGGACACUUCUAAAAGUGGUCAGGAGAGUGGGUACUCCACUCCUGAAGGACAACAGAAACCCAAAAAGGUCAUUUACGAAGUUGUUGUAUGAUGUGUACUCCUGUGUUACACUUCCUACUUCAUUAUAAAAGAUCAACCAAUCAAAUCAGGAGGAUGUCAUGUGAUUUCAAAGAAAAAAGACUGAUAAUUCUGCACUUGAUUUGUCAAGGUUAGACAAAUCGUUCCAUGGGAAUUUGACCUUGACCUUAUUCUAGUCAGGUGACAUGGCAACUCUGGAUUGGUGGCCUUUAUGAAUGUGACCUUAUCUAUGUUGUGAACCCAUAUGUGCUUCCAUUUCUUGGGAUGUAAACCAUUUCCAUGUGAAUCAUCACUAUGGUGUUGUUUGUACUAAGGCCUUGUGGGAAAUUAUCAUGGCAGACCUUCCAACUUUUAAAAGAUGGUGCUUUUUCCCUUCAUUAUGGAUGUAUCUCAUAUGUGUGUAAGCAGUACAGAACAAUAUAACCCAGUGCAAUCAAAAGAUAUGUCCAAGAACAUACAUAAACCAUAUGAUCUCGUGUAUUCACUAGCGGUGUGCAUAUAAGAGGCAAAUUGUGCUUCAUGACGCAAUUUUAUACACAUAUACUUGUAAACAGAAUGAAGCAAAAGAAAACCAUGUGGUGCUACAGAAACAUGCACUACCAUAGAAACAGGAAGUGAAGUAUUGCAUGAUCAUUGACAUUUAUCAUACUGUAUUAUUGCCAUGGCAACUAGGGAUGAAAGAUGGCUCAAAUGAGUUUGAAUAAAAGUGUAGUGUUACAAAAGAUAAAGAAUAAAUGAAGCUUGUAAAUAGUUGGAAAUAAUAAGAUAUCUAUUUUUCUAUAUUAAGCACAUGUAUCUUGAAAUACUCAAAACAGCAUUAAACUUGCCAUGUAGUAAAGAUAAAAUAUUGCACAUUUUCAAGAAAACUGAAACUAGUUGAUCUAAAUAAUUUAUGUUUAAGAUAAGCUCAACAAUUUAUAUAUAUUCAGUGUAGUAGUAAUUCAUUUUGUUAUUUUACUUUUAGGGGGGUGUUGUUUUGUUUGGGGGGAGGGAUACUUACAAAUUCUACAUUGAAACUGCUAUGUAUAAUAAAAAUGAUGAAUUUGUUGCAAAUGUACAUGAGUUGUGAUGUAUAUAUUGAGAGAGAGAGAGUAAUUAAAGACAGUAAAAGUGCCCACCUGUAUAGAGUUAAACUCACAGUUAUUAUUCAGUUCUGCUUGCUGCAAGUAUUUGGUGUCAAUUGGUCAAAUUAGGCAUUAUCUAAAUGGAUAAGGGGGGGGGGGACUUCACACCUGUUGUUGCAAAGGUUUUACCCCCAAAAAAUUAGAUUUAAGUUUCUUAAAACUACUACAACACUGCCAUAUCCUGUAACUAAAUGCUAGUGUAUGAAUUCCAUUGUUUACAAAGUUGUGAUAGAAAAAACAUUAUCCUUUGUCCUUUUUUGAACUUGUACAUGCAGUUUUUGUAUUUUUCAAACUUGUUCUAUAAAUUUUUAGUGUUUCAUAUUUUUUUUAAUACAAACUUGUUUCAUAUUCAGUUCAUUUUAGAAGUCAUUCAUCAUCAUUAUAUUUUAGAAGUUGUGCAAGAAAGUUGUAUUUAUAUUGAUUAAAAGUAAUUAAAACAA